GCCCAAAAAACAACAAUUUUUUUAUUUUAUUUUAUUUUGAUGAGAAAUUUAUUAUGAGAUCACAAUCACAAUCUCCGUCAUCGUCUUCUCCAUUGAAGCAAUGAAUCGAUCCUUGAUGAUUUUGAUAAACAAAAAAUAUUGAAAAAUCGCGAGUAAGAAGAAGAGUGAAAGAAGAAACCCCAAUUUUGGCGAAAGAAUAUCAUCAUCAUAAUGUCAACAACAGAAACUCCUCCUCCUUUCCAAGAAGCAGCACGAUGUGUUGUCUGUAGUUGCAGUUUCAACACCUUCAGAAGACGGCAUCACUGCCGAUCCUGUGGGAGAACAUUGUGCAGUGAACAUUCAUCUGAUCAAAUGGCUUUACCACAAUUUGGCAUUUAUUCCAAUGUACGUGUAUGUGCUGAUUGUUUCAACAACCGAUCUGGGAAGGGUGUACCACAAGCUUCGUCAGAUGGAGUACACAGCGUAACAGAUGCAGUUUCUGAGUUAGAUAUUGGUGCUUCAAAAAGAAUACCAACUGCAGAUAAUAACCUUGCAUCAGGCGUUAAAGAGUGUAAGUGUGGAAUGCCUCUUUGCAUUUGUGUAGCUUCUGCCCCUUCCUCUGAUGCACUCCCCCAGGAGAAGAAGUCCACCCCAGUUGUUACAGCUCCAUCAAAUCCUAAACCUAAGAAGACAGAUAAUGUUUCAAAAAAUAAAAGCUCAAGUUCCACAAACAAGUUUAGUUCUACGUUUAACCCUGGAAUUGUAUCCGCUGGUGCCUCAAGCAAUCCCCAGAUUGAUUAUGAAGUUAAUGGAGAGGGUUUACGAGAAGCAAUAAAAAAUGGUGACAUUGCUGCUGUCAAAAAACUUCUUAAUGAGGGUGUAGAUGCAAAUUACAGAGACAAGCAAGGACUGUCUUUAUUGCAUUUGGCUGCGGUUUUCAAUCAAACUGAUAUAGUUUUCAUUCUCAUGGAUGCGGGGGCAAGUCUGGAGUAUAAAAAUGCUCAAGGAGAAACGCCUUUAGAUUGUGCUCCAGCUACACUGCAAUACAAAAUGCGAAAGAAGAUUGAAGAAAGUGGAGCAAUGGACCAAAGGAUUUGAAUAAUCUAUUACACUUUUAUUUAUAGUCUUCUUAUGUGGUGUCCCAAAGAAAGCUUCAAACAUUACAGGCAUUUAAGUUGUGAUGGGGCUUUGUGAUUGAAAGCAAAAUGAAACUCUGCUAGACUAUAUAAUGCAACAGAACUGAAGUUCAAUUUAUCUAUUUCUGACUCCAAGUAUGCCGACCGAUGUAAGACACCUUAAGAUUUAUCCAGCUUAAAUCUGUUUGGUGUAUGACAUAAAGAGCAUUCUUUAGAAUGCAUCUGUGUUGUUGACUAGGACUAUCUUUCUCAGUACCACUCUAGGCAUUUUUUAAAGGGUAAUCUGAUCUUGUAGUAUAUUCUGAAUUGAAAGUGAUUUUUGUGUCGAACCUUGGGAAUGUGAAAAUGUGGUUGGGAAGGGAGACCCCCCAUGUUCUAGGUUUCCCGCGGAGAUUAGUCCGCAAAGACCACUAAUAACAUGGUUACAAGAAAAAAGAUUUUUGUGUGUA